GGGUGUCCCGGGUUCCAGGGUUACAGACCCCCUGGGAGGCAGAAGAAGUGAAGAGCACCCCCCCACCUGCCACCCUCCUGCGUGUCACCCAGGGCCGGGGCACCGGCACUAGGUUUUGUUCCCCAGGCCCCAGUGCUAUGGGAAGAAGAGGUUUUAAGUGAGAAAAAAGAGCCCUCAGUCCAAUAAAAAAAACUUCAGAAAAAUGCUGAUUUUAAACAGGGGUGUGUCCGCUCGCGUGUUACAUUUUGGAGUCACCACGGGGCUCCUGAGAGCCUUUGUGUCGCUGCUGGGAGCUGAGACGUCACAGGGGCGUGUGGGGUCCGGCGCAUCCCCGACACGCAGCAAAUACUCAUGUGGGACUUUCAGACCCGCCUUGGAGAACUUCCUCUGUGCCACUGCAGUUUGGAAGUUGCCUUCCCGUCUACUCUUGUCGCCUCUGCUGCCUGCACCAUGUCGCCUCAGCAGCACUGCCGGUGGCCCGCGACUCUCGGAGGGCUCAGAGCCUUCUGGGGUCAAACAGCCAAUCUAGGAAGGGCCAGCGUGGCGCUCCCGGGCCCCUUCUGGCAGGUGCUGGCCCAGGUGGCUGGCGACAAGUGGAGGUGCCACCAGGCACCUGAUUCCUCCUCCUCUCGGGCCCUGCGCCUGUAUGAACCCAGGUCGGAACAAGACCCCGGGGUCGGGGGCGGCGAAGGCCAGCUCCGGGCGGCGACUAAAGGACGGUGUUUAGACCGAGAAGGCGGCACCAUGCUGCGCCCCGUCACCCGCCUCCUCUGUGACACGCACGGCCUUCUUCUGGGUACUGCACGGCUGUGUUCAGUGGUGUUUCGAGAAACAUGUGGCCGCUCUGGGAGGAAUCACACCUGGGACGUGCAGUCCCUGGCCAGGGGUAAGAAGGCGGGCUGAAAACUCGUCCGCCACCUGCGGAAACACAACAUACCCUCUGCCGCCGCCGCCAGCUCCGGGUCUGCGUCACUCGAGAUGAAGACAAGCAGGAACAAGGAAUUCUUUGGUUUGUUUCGUCACCUCGUUUUGGGAGACGACCUGGGAGUGAAGAGCGGGAAGCCGGAGCCCGACAUAUUCCUGGCUUGUGCCAAGAGGUUGUCCCCGCCUCCUCCCGUGGAGCAGGGCCUUGUCUUUGAAGAUGCUCCCAACGGGCUGCAGGCGGCCCUGGCAGCCGGGAUGCAGGCGGUCACGGCUCCAGACGGACCCCUGAGCCGCGACCUGACGGCAAAGUCCACGCCGGUGCUGGAUUCCCUGCAGGACUUCCGGCCCGAGCUGUUUGGGCUGCCCCCCUACGGGUGA